AACGAACGAACGAACGAACAAACAACGGCAACCAUGGGAUCCAAGCACGAAAGCAAACGCAAAAACACCGGCACGGACAAGCACCCGAUCGACCGGCUGAUGUGGCUGGUGGCGGCCCUCUUCGGAUUCCGGCACCUCCUUCUGSUGGCGGUUUCCUUCGCGGCGUUCGACCGGGCGUACCGGACCGAUGUUUYGCAGGCGAACGAGCGCAAGGCCCUCCUCCUCCGGGGAGGAGCAACAGGAGCAGCACCACCGUCGUCCACGGCCCAAAACCCGGCCCUCCGGCCCCCCGGGCUCCUCCCGGACCGRGAAGCCUGGCACGAAAUGACCAUGGCCGAGAUGGACGAGAACCUCGGGUGCGACUACGACCGGGGCCUGCCGAUCCACGGCCCCGAGAUUUGGACCGGGAUGCGGGAGGCCUACGUCUCGGUGGUGGGCCSGCACCGGUCCACCCUGGCGAGCGKGGGAAGGGACGCCUUUUCCACCGGCCUCCUCGUUCCCUUCGAGGUCCGGUACUCCGRCGGAAGGGGCCGGGGGAUCUUUGCCAAGGAGGCCGUCGACAAGGGCCGGGUCCUCUACGACUUUUCGCAGUCGGCGCAGUUCGAGACCGGGACCRACUUUGCCGAGUUUCUGCGGAUCCUGGCCCCGSAACUGGCCUGCGACGUCCUCCUCUGGAGCUACGCCCAGGACCUGGGAACCGAAACCGGAAACCAAACGAGAAGCGAACGCCGCGAAACCACCAAAGGGGCCCGCCUGCGGAUCGUCACGGACCUCGACCCSGGGAGCUUCUGCAACGACGGCGGCUACGAGGGGGGCAACACCGGGUGGAUGGACCAAGAGCGGGGGGGGGCCUCGGAGGGGGGCCGCCACCCACCGCACGUGGCCGUGCUUCGGAGGGAAGAGGCCUCCUCCGGCCCCGGCUCGGGCUUUGUCCGGUCGGCCCCCCUCGUCGCCCUAAAAGACAUUGCCAAGGGCGAGGAACUCUCGUGCGUCUACGACCAGUUCAACGAGGGCCUGGGACUCAUGAUCGACUGAGUGCCAUGCGAUGCGAUGGAAAAAAAAAAAAAAAAAAAAAAAAAAACACACACACACACACACGAAUGGUCUAUGCGGCAUGCAGAUAAUACAAAAAUGGCCAUCGGCUGCUUGUUCUGUACAGCAUUGGAUUAUUUGGUAUACCGAGAGGAGCAGCAGGGAGCAAAGGAGGAACCGUCAUUCCUCCUACUACGCUCCGUCGUUGAGWCUUCCAGUCUGAUUUUUGCCCCGUCGCUUCCCCGGCCGGCAGGCCUCGAGGCAGAKCGAGGGGCACCUGCUCUCCACGCGCUCCCGGCCGUUCACGGGGUCCCUCCUGCGGCAGACGCGCCKGCGCUUCCGCCUCCGCUUCUUCCGGCCCGUGGCCGCAACCGUCUCCCCGAACGAGGCGCAGGUCUUGCCGGUCGGCCUGUUCCCGAACCGGUAGGCAGCGUCGUCGGUGCACAAAAGCGGAACGCCGCUUUCCCCGGGGGCGGAAKWGUCCGUCGAAAAGACAACCCCCCCGCCGAUCGGAUCCGCGAGGGAUGCCUCGGAAAACGUGCCCGCUUCCUUUCCGUCCAGGAUCAGGGAAUACAAGCCACCGCCUUUCGCGCCUCCGGCCCGGUCGAUCUCGAAUUCAUACAAUGCUCCCCUCGCGAGGCAGAUCUCGUCCUGGUAAGAAAACACAAGAAAGGAAAAAGRCGACGCMRUGAGCCCUUGGAACGAUGAGAUUGCCUUGGUGCGGUUGGUGCGUUGGUUCGAACCCACCUCGUAAGCAAAGAACGGUUGGUCGUAAUCGUCUCGAGCCAGGAGCGGUUCYGUCCCACCGGCUUCCCGCAGCGUCCAGUUGGUCCUCGAGGGAAAAUCGUCCGUGACGAUCCGGACGACAAGCUUCUGCUCGGUCUCGCUCUCGCAGGCGAGCGGAUCCGUGUUGCAGAACGGGGACCGGCUGUUCCCUUCCUCGCAGAUGGUCCGCUGCACAAAACCGAUCGCGCUGCUGGUCCGACCGUAGACGUCCGGCAACCAGGGGCGUCCCAGGCCGCAAAAGGCAAAGUCCUCGUUGUCGUCCAGCCUGCCGUACACAAAGGACGAGACACCAACGUGGGUAUCGGUGCGCCUUCCGGUGGCGUCGUCGACGGGUCCCUUGUGCAGGAGAGGACCGCCCGAGUCUCCGAAACAAAUGCCUUUUUUUUCUUCGCUAGCUAUAGCGUUCGACGAAACCAAAACGAGAGAAACAGAUCCAGUUGCAGUGAGAGGUUGGUUGGGCGUCGCGCAGAGAAUCGACCAACGCACUAGGUCACAACUUACUAGCACAAAUGUUAGAGGGAUCAUAGUCACAGUUGACCUCGUCCACGGCAACGGUAACCUCUUGAAGAAACUCGGGGGGAGGACCGGAGAGACUGGUAGGUCCGGUGAAGUUGCGUCCAAAGCCGAUCGCAACUACUUCUUCUUCCGCCGGCGGAAACAUUGGCUGUUCUCCGAGCCGAAGUGUUACGGUGGUGUCGUYGACAUAGACAGGGGUAUCAAGCUUGCACUGUGRCGGAGAAAAGAAAACAAAGGAAAACCAAUCGUUUUGAAAUCAGGAGUGGAUUCUUUCACUUMCGGAACGAUUGCGACACAUACGCACGCCCUCGGCACAACCGUCCGUUGAUUUUACACGCACCAGAGCAAAAUCGUUUUCAAAGGGAGGACAAAACUCACACCCAGUGCUUGUGAAUCCAGGAUGCCCCACGUAUUCCGUGCAUACCCGAGCCGCUCCUCCACGAAACACCCCGGGGGCGGAUUGGUGGUGAGCACCAACAAUCACCGCCCUUCCUUCAAAGUUUCCGCAAUGUUUGGCGGUCAGCACCCACUCCGAAGCAAUCAACACGCCGCCACAACCGGGGAUUUUGACUGUUGCCGAAGAAUUGAGAACAACAGCGUUGGUCGGACGAAAUGUUUGCAAUGCAUUGGACUCUGUAGCAAGAUCAAUAGUACUUUUUCCUACAUACUGUUCACGCAAGACGCACCAUAAUAUGGAUAUUCCUCAAUAUCUGCAUUGUUCCCUCCMACAAUGCGCAGUGGAUCAUCGACUGGCGAGGCAACAACAGGACAUACCAAGCUACARGGGCAAGCGACAACAAUGGCCCCAAGUAUUCGGAGACGGCGAGAGGGAAACAUUGCUAGGAGCGGUUGUUAAAAUCRAAUGUUGUGCAAUAGAUCUCGUCUACUAGAAUGUGUGGGGAGGGAUCCAUUCAACACCGGUGGAUGUUUGUGGUUUCAGGGUUAUAAAUGGGGUCUCCGGAAAAAUUGUAUGUGUAUCUUCGGCAURGAGUUGUUGAUGGGACUGAACGAAUCGUCGUUAGCGGAAUCGUGUAUCGAUUCCGAAUUUCRUUUCAUGUUUGUGUAAACAAUAAAUAYAAGUAGAUCACCUCGCUCGCAAUGCCGUGCUAGCUCUCACAAGUUUCAURGAAACCUAGUGCAUCUUUACUGGAAUGGCUUCGAGGAACCAGUACCGUAUCAUGUGACACGUGCGGCACCUUGCACACGAGCCGUUUCGUCUUAAUUGRAAAAUGAUGUGGUACACUGCUACGAAUACUAUUAUUUUUGUUCCACAAUCGUAGUURGUCAGACAAACCRYAAUKUUCAAGUCACGUAGGUGCGGAAAAAGAAUUCAUCUACAYAUGUUACCGGAACAUGUYAUUAGUAUAUUUACUAUAAGGAKUKUGUUCGUSUUUGUAAUGCAAUCGARUGAAGAGAUAGACCGAUCGUCGUCUCUGUAAUUCGAGGGUGGCGGAAGGCGACCAGCUAGGAAUGGAAUCAAUGGUUACGGCAACAGUGCCAMGAAAUAGAUAGUUACUGGAGCUAAGCUUGGUACCAAACAAGGGUAAUAAUAUAACAUCAAGGAAGAUUCCGAUGUGGUCUGAAUAGAGAGUGGUGGAUAUAGUGCGUAUUUCUCGUGCAUUCAUCGUCUGUGAUUGUUUCGUUUGGUCGCAMAACAACCGCACAUUCGAGCGACUUCAAUUCCACUUUCAUUUCUUAUUCACCAUGCUGGAUGGGCGUAUUCGAACCGUUCCUGGUUUCKGUGUCUCCUCCACGCGGGGGCUCCGUGCUCGGUUCGAAACCAAUAGGAACAGAUAGCAGGGACAACCCCCCAUAAACAGGAAAAGCACGAGACGGAUUGCUACAAUCGUACAAAUCAAAGGCGGYAAACCAAGAAGCGUGUGAGAGAACUGAUUCCUUCGUUCAAUCGUUUGUUAGGAAAUGGAAUGUACCCCGGGAGCACACGAUCGACCGCACAUCCGUGGAGAGAAUAUCCUACGUACAUGCACAGAGUGCAAUCGCGGUCGGCAAAUGGUGCGUGUGCAUCCCGAGGGCGAUGUCAUGUGUGUGGGAUAGCGACCGGAGAAAGGUGGGAGUGAUUGUUUUCCCGGUUAUUAAAUCCCACGGGUGAAGCGAAGUCCAGUCUGACACCAACAAGACCCAAAAUAAAGCAAAUGAAGGGCCAAACUACUAGAAAACCUGUAGUAUUUGUCGAAAGAUGGGACGAAUCAAAUGCAAAGAAAACA